ACGAAGCGGGCCGAACGACUCGACGAGUACCAGCCGGCGAGGCGACGUGUGCGGCUAAAUUUCCCGAUAUCACAAUGUCUAGAAGAGAUAAAAUUAUUGCUAUGGCGCUUACGGAGUUCCGUCCACCAAGAGCAUCUCAUUCUCUGCCAGUUCAAUCUUCAAUCUCAAUCCAAGAUUCUGACGCUGAUACAGUGACGUUGCUUGAUAUUCAAAAAGAACCAAUUUUUACAGAUAUAAAUAAACUUUGGUCCCGUCCUCUAGAUUACAACGAUUUUAAGACGAUUUUUGAUUUUAGGAAUGAAUAUAGUAAUUCCUUUAACAUAGUUUCAGAUAUUGACUUAAAUAAUCUUGUUUCUAAAACUCAACAAAUAGAAGAUAAUAUUGUUACUCGUCAUUCUUUGAAGUGUUAUGAACAGCUUCCAUUGUCCGACGAAGAUGAUUGUGCCGGCAAUAAAGUUAACAUGUUCCAAGAUUCUGAUGAUAGCGUCAAAGAUAAAGAUUAUGCACCUGAUUGCUCCACGGAUUCCGACUCAGAUUUAUCCAAUUGCAGUGAACCUGCUCCAAGAAUGAUAACAUUUAAUGCAGAAAUUCACAAUAAUCAAACAAAUACUCCCAAAUACAAUCACGGUAGCCAAAAAAAUAGAGCAGAUGCAUCAAAUCAAUUAGAAAAAAUACAAAAGGAUCUUGAUAUUAUAUUGCCUGAAGCUAGUACAAAUCAAGUAAUUGCAUCAGUGAAUGAAGAAAAUACAAAAAAAUGUGUUAGUAAUAGAGCAGAAAAAGAAAUAGAUAAUGAAGAAACAGAACACAUAGAAGAGCAAUCGGUCAAUGACAGCUGCCGGGAAAAAGAAAAUACGGAAACCGGAAAACGGGAAAACGGGGAAGUAGAAUCACCAUCUAUAAUAUUACCUGUAACUGAAAAAGGAUUUACCAAAUCGGGCCAACCAAGGAAAAGGCGUGCAUAUGAUAUUAAAUUAGGAGAACAUAUUAAAAAUAAAACUGUAUUCAGAGGUAUAACAAAAGAUCGAAAAGAAAGAAUAAUAUCAGAAUUGUUGCCUCUGAUGCCAGAGACGAGAAGGAGUUUUUGGUUAAACUUACCAGUAUCUUCGCAAGUGUCAAACAUAGAUUAA